CCCACCGCUUCGCCUUCCUUAGUGGACAACAAGGACCGCUUUGGAGGACUACUGGAUGAGUACAGCCGUCGUUCGACUCCUCCACUUCAGCACCCCGUGACAGUCCGUACAGCUACAGCCAUCUUCAAAUUUGACGCCAAGUCACCAAAAGAGCUGUCAUUGAACAGGGGCGAUGUAGUGCGUAUACAGAGAGAAGUGGAUGCAAAUUGGUUGGAGGGUGAACGUAACGGUCGAAGCGGUUUGUUCCCUCGAAGUUAUGUGCAGGGUGAAUUGGUGACUCUACGAAGGGAAAUCGACGAAAAUUGGCUAGAAGGCACUAAUCAUCUCGGAGAAAUCGGAAUCUUCCCCAGAAGCUAUGUUCGAUUACUUGAAGACAUUCCGAAUAAUGUAAACGAGCAUUCGGCAUAUCUUCAAGUAAUCGAACAUAGCUUCUGGGGAAGAUUCCGAUUUCUCCGAGAUGAUUAG